AUGUCGGCAAGAACUACGCGGGAAUGUUUGUAUCGGUUUUGCCAUAAUGUGGUGAAACUGUAUAGCAAAAAAUAUUUGCGGAAACCAAACGCGUAUGAUGCUCAACAGUUGUACCAAGCUCAUGAAGCAAGGCACGGGUUUCCGGGAAUGCUUGGUAGCAUUGAUUGUAUGCAUUGGGGGUGGCAAAACUGCCCGACUGCGUGGCGCGGUCAAUAUACGCGAGGUGAUCACGGCUAUCCAACCGUAAUACUUGAAGCCAUGGCAUCACAAGAUUUGUGGAUAUGGCAUUCUUUCUUUGGUCUCCCUGGUUCACUCAACGACCUCAACGUGUUAUACCAAUCGGCGAUCUUUACCGAUGUCGUUAAUGGAACCGGUCCGGACACACGUUUUACAGUUUCUGGGGUUGAGUAUAGACGUGGGUAUUAUCUUGCUGACGGGAUAUAUCCAUCUUGGUCUACAAUUGUAAAGACUAUUCCAUAUCCCGAGGACGAAAAAAGGAAAAAAAAAUUCACCAAGCGUCAAGAAGCUGCAAGAAAAGACAUCGAACGUGCUUUUGACGAAGGUCGGGCGAUUUGUGAGUAUGAUGAGAAUGCAUCUUACGGGAACACUGUCCCGGUUGAUCCGCCACAACAGGAUUUAAACCCGUUCUCGCUAACCAACGACUUCACGCAUGCAAACCUUCAACAAGAUUUGGUAGAACAUAUUUGGAACAACGUUAACAUCGGGGACGGUGACGGAGACGAAGACGAAGACGAGUAG